CUUGGGCUACUGGAAGUAGAGAGAUCCAGAGAAAAGGCAGCCCCACAGCUGUAACAGAGGGCAGAGGUUAAAUCUUUUGGCAUAUUUACCAUAAGAAUGGUCACUGCACACCCUCUCCCUGAAGGCUUCACUGAAAUAGAAGUGUUUGCCAUUGGCACUGCCCUGCUGGUAGAAGCCCUGCUUGGUUUCUGUCUGAAUGGUUUGACAAUUAUUUCUUUCCGCAAAAUCAAAGAGCUGCGGACGCCCAGCAAUCUGCUGGUUCUCAGCAUCGCCCUGGCCGACUGCGGGAUUUGCAUCAACGCCUUCAUCGCUGCCUUCUCCAGCUUCCUCAGAUACUGGCCCUAUGGCUCUGAUGGCUGUCAAAUCCAUGGAUUCCAUGGCUUCCUGACAGCCCUGGCCAGCAUAAGCUCCAGCGCUGCCGUGGCCUGGGACCGAUACCAUCACUACUGUACAAGAAGCAGGCUGCAGUGGAGCACAGCUGCCUCCAUGAUGGUGUUUGCAUGGCUGUUUGCUGCCUUCUGGUCCGUGAUGCCCUUGCUGGGGUGGGGAGAAUACAACUACGAACCCCUCCGAACCUGCUGCACCCUGGACUACAGCAAAGGGGACAGAAACUAUGUCACAUUCCUUUUUGCUCUGUCCACUUUCAAUUUCAUGAUCCCAGGCUUCAUCAUGCUGACAGCCUAUCAGUCCAUACACCAAAAGUUCAGAAAAACUGGGAACUUUAAGUUUAACACUGGUUUGCCACUGAAGACACUGGUCAUUUGCUGGGGUCCCUACUGCCUCCUGUGCUCCUACGCAGCAGUGGAAAAUGUGAUGUUCAUCCCACCAAAAUACCGCAUGAUUCCUGCUCUUGUUGCCAAGACUGUGCCAACGGUGGAUGCCUUUGUAUAUGCCCUGGGAAAUGAGAACUACAGAGGAGGAAUAUGGCAGUUCCUCACAGGACAGAAGAUUGAGAAAACAGAGGUUGAUAACAAAACUAAAUAACCCAUUAUGGUAUUAAACAAAAUUACUGCAGGUACAUCACUGAAAGCAAAAUUCAAGAGAAAACCGAAUGCAUUCUCUGAUAUGUAUGUGCAAAGGUGGUUCCACAUUGGAAAGGCUAUGCAUUGGCUGCAAACAAUGAAGUAUGGAAAGAAAGCCCUCCAGACAACUGUCCAAACCAUCAUGAGCUGCUUGUCAAACAAGCUGCCU